AUGUCGGAACUCAGGCAAGCGGAGCAAGCGGGAUUGGAGCGGAAUCGGCUAGGUUAUUCACGAGCCAUGGAGCUAAGGUGGUCAUACGUACAAGAAGAGCUUGGCCAAAACGGCGCCGUUUCCAUCGGGAAGGACAGAGCCAGUUUUUACCGUUGCGAUAUAACGAAGGAGACGGAAGUAGAGAACGCCGGCCGUCAAGUGCACCGUUGA